GCCACAGACAGAGUCUGCAGGUCCAGACAAUGCCUGGAGAAAAGAGAGGCUAUAAAAUAACACACCCAAGAGUUAGAGAUCCUUCUCCCUCCAGAAAUAGCAGGGCUUCCAAACCAACGCAGGGAGGACUCUGUCCAUCCGUCUUCAGUGAGGCCACAGGGGUGACUUCCGAGGACAAAGCCUGUGAGACACUGUUCACCCAGAGGCUGCAAGAACAGGCCUCGAGUUCAAGUGAUCCCAGCCUAAUGCCUGCAUCAGGCAUGCUUCUGAGUCUCCAUGUCUUCACCUAUGAAAGGAAAAUUGUGUCACCAGCCUCCCAGAUGUGCAUUCAGUGAGAAGACCCACAGGAGGACAUGACAUACGAUAAGGGUUUCAUGUAUCCUGGCCUGACCUGGAACUUGCUAUUUAGCUGAGGACUUCUGAUGGUCCUGCCUCCACCACUGGAGUUCUGAGAUUACAGAUGUGCAUCGCCACGCCUGGCUGAUGAGGUGAUAAGGCUUCAGGUGCCUUUGUUUUCUCUCUCAUUCCUGGACUUCGUGACUGGAGGCCUAAGCGGACAUCAUGGCUGCUCAGAAAGGUCUCUGGGAUGCCAUUGUGAUUGGAGCAGGCAUCCAGGGAUGCUUCACCGCAUACCACCUGGCCAAACACUCCAAGAGGGUCCUCCUACUGGAGCAGUUCUUUCUCCCGCAUUCCCGAGGAAGCUCCCAUGGACAGAGCCGCAUCAUCAGAAAGGCUUAUCCGGAGGAUUUCUACACGAGGAUGAUGGACGAGUGCUAUCAGACAUGGGCCCAGCUGGAGCAUGAGGCGGGAACCCAAUUGCACAGGCAUACUGAGCUCUUGUUUCUGGGAAAGAAGGAGAAUCCAGAAUUAAAGACAAUCCAGGCCACUCUGUCUAGGCAGGGGAUUGACCAUGAGUAUCUUUCAUCAGCGGAUUUAAAGCAACGUUUCCCAAACAUUCGGCUCACCAGCGGAGAAGCGGGGCUCUUGGACAAGACUGGAGGUAUCCUCUAUGCAGACAAAGCCCUCAGAGCCCUCCAGCACGUGAUUUGCCAGCUAGGAGGCACAGUGUGUGACGGAGAGAAGGUGGUGGAGAUAAUACCCGGUCUACCUGUCACGGUGAAAACCACCUCGAAGAGCUAUCAAGCCAACAGCUUGGUCAUCACUGCUGGUCCCUGGACCAACCGGGUUCUCCGUCCCCUGGGAAUUGAGUUGCCUCUCCAGACCCUUAGGAUCAAUGUGUGUUACUGGCGAGAGAAGGUCCCUGGGAGCUAUAGUGCAUCACAGGCUUUCCCGUGUAUUCUGAGUCUGGACAUGGCCCCCCACCACAUCUAUGGACUUCCAGCAUCAGAGUACCCAGGGCUGAUGAAGAUCUGCUAUCACCAUGGUGACAGUGUGGACCCAGAGGAGCGGGAUUGCCCCACAACCUUCUCGGGCAUCCAAGAUGUUCAGAUUCUAUGCCACUUUGUCAGAGACCACUUACCAGGCCUUCAGCCCGAGCCGGACAUCAUGGAGCGCUGCAUGUACACGAACACGCCCGAUGAGCACUUCAUUCUUGAUUGUCACCCGAAGUACGACAACAUCGUCAUCGGCGCUGGAUUCUCUGGGCAUGGAUUCAAGCUCUCCCCUGUCGUGGGGAAGAUCCUCUGUGAGCUAAGCAUGAAAUUACCACCGUCCUAUGACUUGUCGCCGUUUCGAAUGAGCCGAUUCUCUCCUCGGAGCAAAGCCCACCUUUGAUUCCAGCUGACUCCUGGGGAGGAGAGUCCUCAUGGGGAAGACUUCUAGGAGAAUAAGUGACCUUGACAUGUUUCCUUUCCUUCUGCUUCUAUGGAAUCUCCUGUAAACACCAAAUGAUUGGCCCUCUUUUCCCAGUCAUCUUCCCAAGUCCAUCUCCUUUCCCAUCCCCAGAAAGUCAGCCAGAGAUUCACCAUCCCAGAACAGCAAGGAGCUUUAAGAUGGACGUCUCAAUGGGGAGGGGCCUGAGAUGGGCUCAGUAGACUAAGGGGCUCCUUAAAUUUCUCUUUCUUGAGCAUGCUCUGACUGAAUCUGCACAGGGGAGCGUGAAGAAGAUUAUCUUUUAUAAACCACUAGUGCCUUUGGGGUUUCCUUCCCAAGAGCUUGAGCCGGUCUCCAUCACCAACUCACAUCAAGUCUCACCUCUAAUAAAUAAACAUUUGCCAGGAAAAAAAAAAAAAAGUUGCUGGAAAAAAAUAAACA